UACGAGCCCACAGUCGUUUAUUUGUACGCAAGAGUUGGCAUCCGCCAGGCCUUAUGCGCAGGGUGCAGCGUACACUCGCCGUACAGGACAUCGGUUCUUUGAUUCCCGCCGAUAGCUUAAGAAGCGCUUGAACUGUUCUCUUCGUCAUUGAGUGAUAGUAAAAUACCCAGAACGAAUAUGUACAGGAGACUCCAUGGGUUCAGAAAUUGAUACUCUCGAGGUGAGGUUAACAUCCAUGCUUGGUCAGCUCCAAACAGAGUGCGGCAUUCUUGAAAGAAUAGUGUACAAGAACAAGAACCAGCAUCGGCGUUGCUCGUAUUUCCAGCAUAUUUUGAAGGUGAGGAGGGGUUUAAGGCUGCUGCAAUCGGCUAAAUUGGAGGAGUUAGUAGAUUCUUGCUUUUUGGUUAUCACUGGAAAGAGACCUAAACAAAAGGUGCACCUUUUAGAAAGUUUAAAGAGGAGAAAAUGUGAUGGUGGAAAACAUAAUAUUAUGGAACGACUUCUGGGAGCUGCACGACUACUCUUGCUGACUGUUGAGCCAAUGUUGAUGGCAGCUACUGAGAUAUCUAUCUUGCUUGCUCGAUCUUUUUUCACGGGAUUUUCUCUGACAAUGUUGGCUUUGCUUGCACGCCUUCGAGUUUUGGUUCAGCAAAUAUUACUUGAUGUUGUCUCAGUAUUCAACAUAGUUUCUUCUCUCUCCCAGAAGAAGCAAUCUGUAAAGAUAAGCCAGGAAGGAAUUGAGGUCUCCAGGGAGUUUUAUUCAAACAAUGAUGAAGUUGUUACCUUAGAGUGUGUAUGGAAAUUGGAUAAGUUUGUAUCACUUGAGAGGACGUAUAAGAGCAAUACUGGAAGCCCAAAUUGGGGAUCUUAAAGAAGAUGCAUCAAUAGGAACAUCAACUGUAAAGUAUCAAACUAUUGAGUCUUUUAUCGGAGAUGAUGAACUUGUUCACGAGAGGGUGGAUUCAGACCAAAUGGGUGAAAAAUGUCCAUCUUACUUCAAGGGGGGACAAGAUUGAUUCACUGGCAAGCCCACCCAUGAAGAGUGACAAUGGGAAGGAAGUUGAAGAUUGUAGGGAAGAGAUGGUUCGGACACAACAUCUACACCUAACAAGAAACUCCUGCAGGAAGUUAGUUUGCUUACAGCCUCAAAGCCCUCUCCAAGUUCAAAUACUUAAAUACUCAAGUCUGGAUCCAGAAAAGCAGCAUUCGUCUCCUUGAAAGAUCCUCCAGCGUUAACAAAAGAUGAGAAAAAUCCUCGAGUACUCGGCGUUAAGGAAAAUGAAACCAAUGGUGAGGACAGCGGAGCUCCAUUUUUCAGUUUGCUCAUUGGUGGAAAUGCGAAGGAUAGUCUCCUCUAGUUACUAACCUUUGAAUUGGAAUUUUUUCAUAAUAAUCUCAUGAAUUAUUUUUCAUAUAACUAAUUCUUUGACUUUAUUAACCUGUAAAAUGGGAAAAUCUUCAUUAUAUUCUUAGAUACCAUAUAAUUUAUUGAGCGCUGCCACAGCCUACA